GGCCGGGCUCACGGCCCCGAGCCAGGGAGGGAGGGGACGGGGUGAGGGUGCGGGAGUCGUGGCCGGCGCGGGGCGAGGAGGCGGUGGGCUGAGAAGCAGGUGGGCCCCGGGCCAGCCCGGCUCCGGACGCUGCCGACUACCCCAGGCCGAGCGGCCGCGUUUCCGGCUGGCGGGGUGGCGCUCAGGCCCCAGCGCAGGAAGAUGUUCAACGUGGAGUCGGUGGAGCGGGUGGAGCUGUGCGAGAGCCUUCUCACUUGGAUCCAAACAUUUAAUGUGGAUACACCAUGCCAGACUGUGGAAGAUUUAACGAAUGGGGUUGUGAUGGCCCAGGUUCUUCAAAAGAUAGAUCCUGCAUAUUUUGAUGAAAAUUGGCUAAACAGAAUCAAAACCGAAGUGGGAGAUAAUUGGAGGCUAAAGAUUAGCAAUUUAAAGAAAAUUUUAAAAGGUAUCCUGGAUUAUAAUCAUGAGAUUUUGGGACAGCAGAUUAAUGACUUUACCCUUCCCGACGUAAACCUUAUUGGGGAGCAUUCUGAUGCAGCAGAGCUUGGAAGGAUGCUUCAACUCAUUUUAGGCUGUGCUGUGAAUUGUGAACAGAAGCAAGAGUACAUCCAAGCCAUUAUGAUGAUGGAGGAAUCUGUUCAACAUGUUGUCAUGACAGCCAUUCAAGAGCUAAUGAGUAAAGAGUCUCCUGUCUCUUCUGGAAAUGAUGCAUACGUUGAUUUGGAUCACCAGUUGAAGAAAACUACCGAGGAACUAAAUGAAGCUUUAUCAGCAAAGGAAGAAAUUGCUCAAAGAUGCCAUGAGUUGGAUAUGCAGGUUGCAGCAUUGCAAGAGGAGAAGAGUAGCUUAUUGGCAGAAAAUCAAGUAUUAAUGGAAAGGCUCAAUCAGUCUGAUUCUAUAGAAGAUCCCAACAGUCCAGCAGGAAGAAGACAUUUGCAGCUCCAGACUCAGUUAGAACAACUACAAGAAGAAACGUUUAGACUAGAAGCAGCCAAAGAUGAUUAUCGAAUACGCUGUGAAGAGUUAGAAAAGGAGAUCUCUGAACUUCGGCAGCAGAAUGAUGAGCUAACUGCUUUAGCUGAUGAAGCCCAGUCUCUAAAGGAUGAGAUAGACGUUCUUAGACAUUCUUCUGAUAAAGUGUCUAAACUAGAAGGUCAGGUGGAAUCUUAUAAAAAGAAACUGGAAGACCUUGGCGAUUUGAGACGGCAGGUUAAACUCUUAGAGGAGAAAAAUACUAUGUAUAUGCAGAAUACUGUUAGUCUAGAGGAAGAGUUAAGAAAGGCCAAUGCAGCUCGAAGUCAACUUGAGACAUACAAGAGACAGGUAGUAGAACUACAAAAUAGAUUAUCUGAAGAAUCAAAGAAAGCAGAUAAAUUAGAUUUUGAAUAUAAACGUCUAAAGGAAAAAGUUGACAGUCUUCAAAAAGAAAAGGAUAGGUUAAGAACAGAAAGGGACUCGCUGAAAGAAACCAUUGAAGAGCUUCGUUGUGUACAGGCUCAAGAAGGGCAGCUGACAGCUCAAGGGUUCAUGCCCCUGGGCAGUCAGGAAUCUUCAGACAGCCUGGCAGCAGAGAUUGUUACACCUGAAAUCAGGGAGAAACUUAUUCGUCUUCAGCAUGAGAAUAAGAUGUUAAAAAUUAACCAAGAAGGUUCCGACAAUGAAAAAAUUGCCUUAUUGCAGAGCCUCCUAGAUGAUGCAAAUCUACGCAAGAAUGAACUGGAGACAGAGAACAGACUGGUGAAUCAAAGACUUUUGGAAGUACAGUCACAAGUUGAAGAACUACAGAAAUCUUUACAGGAUCAAGGCUCAAAAGCAGAAGAUUCAGUUCUUCUAAAAAAGAAGCUUGAAGAACAUCUAGAGAAGCUACAUGAAGCCAAUAACGAACUGCAAAAGAAAAGAGCCAUUAUUGAAGACCUUGAGCCCAGAUUCAACAACAGCUCCCUAAAAAUUGAAGAAUUACAAGAAGCUUUACGGAAGAAGGAAGAGGAGAUGAAGCAAAUGGAGGAACGAUAUAAAAAAUAUUUAGAGAAAGCCAAAAGUGUUAUCCGUACUUUAGAUCCUAAACAGAAUCAAGGAGCAGCACCAGAAAUACAAGCUCUUAAAAAUCAACUGCAGGAACGGGACCGACUGUUCCACUCAUUAGAGAAAGAAUAUGAGAAAACGAAGAGUCAAAGAGACAUGGAGGAGAAAUAUAUUGUUAGUGCCUGGUACAAUAUGGGAAUGACUCUGCAUAAAAAAGCAGCUGAAGAUAGACUAGCUAGCACUGGUUCAGGGCAGUCAUUUCUAGCUCGGCAAAGACAAGCAACCAGCACAAGAAGAUCUUAUCCGGGGCACGUCCAGCCAGCCACAGCAAGGUAGAGAAGUCUUGCCAUUAGAAAUAAACAACCUGCUUUGAAGCAUACUUCUGUUACAUAGAACAACAUUUCAGGAAACUCAGCCAGCUUAUUUUUUGUUUCUCUUCUAUGUCAAUAUUUAGCGUUUCACAUUUGAGGACUUCUGUCUCUUGUAUCUUUGUUUUAGUUUCUUUGUUCUUUAUUUGUAGACUUUUUAGUUUCUUUUAAUGUGCCAAAAAUUUGUAAGUGUCUGAUUAAAAGUGUUGUAUAAUAGUGUAAUACUUUUCUUUGUAUGGAAAUGUCCUCUUCCCCAAUGGUGUAGGCUUUGUAUUGAAUUAGAUUUUCUGCCAAUAAUUGAUACACGAUUUAUAUUCUUUAUUGUGCUUCUGUGUUACUGUGCUUUAUAAGAAUGUCUUUGUUUAAAGGGAAUUAAUCUUUUUAUGAUGUAUUAAUCUGUUUUCAUUUGUUUUUCAAAUGCACUUCGGAUAACUUACAUAUUUACUACACAGAAUGGUGGACAAGUGCACUUUUUGCGAAGACUUAAAUACAUUGGCAGAGGUGCUGAUUAAAUCUUAGCUUAAGCACCUGGCAGAAUUACUUAGCUGGAAAAAAAUGAGUUUAUAGGAAACUAAAUUGUCCUAAGAUUUGGAGAACAUUUUUAAAACAUAAAUAUGUGAAAUUUUAUUAUUUUGUGCUAUUCUGUUUGCUAGCAAAAGUGAAUACAUUGGUGAUGUUAUAUGGGGAGAAAUUAUAGAAGAAAGAAAUCAGGUAGUACAUUAAUUUUUUCUUGCUUUGGAGUAGCUUACUAACAGAAUCAGAUUCUAGCCAUGUGCUUACAUUUAUACUUACAACUUUUCUCCACAGCUAAAAGAUUUAUUUUUCAUAUACUUACGGUUAUAGGAAACCGUUGUUCACUUGUGCCUCAUUUGUUUUACUUUUAUUCCUUCAUUUAAACCUUUCCAUUUCUCAGUAGUUCCUACUAAACAUUUUCCUAUCAGCCAUUAAGAUCAUAAAUGAAUUCUAUAUGUGAUAUUAUGACAGGUCUCUUAAUACUUUUUCUUGGUUAUAUCUACUAGUCCAAGUAUUUGUUACUGAAUAGAUUUUUUUGGGUAUUUGCUUGCCUCGAAGUGCUUAGAGACCACUUAUUUACAUUGACGAAUGACUGUCAAGAAAUCAUUGUAAAGCACUUUCUCUGUAUAAGGUGCUAUGUAAAUGUGAGAUCUCACUCGCUUUAAGAUGAAAUGCCUUUGGUCUAACUUUUUCCAUAUUGACUUGUAUAAGUAUUUGGUCCCAAAUUAUAUUUAAGUGCCCGUCUGGCCUUUUCCUUAUACCAUACCACAUUUCUUAAAAGCAAAACAAUCCUGAAGUUAGGUCAGUUUUUUGUUUUUACAUAGGUCACCUAAUACGAUAUUUCAUGCACUGGCUGUUUGGAAAUUCAGGUUUCAUUUAGUUCUGUGUAUUAAAUUACAAAUAAGUAAUUUAAACCAAGCUCAGUGUAACUAAGAAUUUUCAGAAACUGUAUGUGUUUGAAUUUUAAAUCCUAUUUCCUCUUUUAUAACAAAGUUGACUUAAAAGUAUAGUGUUUUUAUUUAUUCUCAGAAAUCAUUCUUGAAGAAAGGUAUUAGAACAUACACAGAAAUGAUGCCAUGUACUGUGCAGUUUUUUACAUUAAGUGUGAGAAUCUGAAGACAGUAUGAGUAUUUUUGCCCACCAAGACCAUUAAAGCAGCAAGAAUUAGUAACAAUGGAGAGACCCAAGUGAGUAGAAUGAUUGUGGGGUUUUAGGCUAAGCAGAUGCAGUCAGCAUUGUCUGUCCGUCUGUCUGUCUGACAGUCUCCCUAUGUUUCUCAGGCCAGCCUCAAACUAUCCUCCUGCCUCAGUUUCCAGAGUGUCUGGAAUUACAGGCAUGUAUCACCUUGCCUGGCUAAUGCAGCAGGUUUUCACAAUAAAAGAUUUUUUUUUAAUGUAAUAGGGUUCUGAGCCCACCUUUAUUUCACAGAUAACAUAAAGAUUCAAUUAUUUUUAAAGCAGAUUGAGAUGUGAACACUAAUCUUGAUAAAACUUAUAUUAUUGGGAAAUUAUACCUACAGAAUAAGGUAGAUGAAAACAAGAGACUCCAAACUACUCAUUAAAUGAAUUGUCUAUAAAGUGAGAGGCUUUAAUUUUCAUUCUGCACUACUGCCCAUUCCUGAACUCCUGCCAUACACCUACCCAGAUAUUUUCUAAGAGGUUGGAAAGGUGUCAAGCUUUUUAGAAGGAAGUUUUGCUUUGGAUUUUCUUCAUCUUCUGUGGUCUUCUGUAAUUAUAGUGUUUACAUUUAUAACUUUUACUGUCUUUACUGUGCCCUUAAAGUUUGGUUUAUUAUUUUCCUUACAUUGAAUAAAUUAUAUUUGUAAACAUUUUAUGAUAUCUGAAGACAGGCUGGGCAUGGUGGC